AUGGCCCGGAGGGACAGCGGGGGGACAGCGGGACAGCGCGGGGACACGGAGCCCGGCACCGGCCCCGGCCCCGGGCGGAGCAGCGCAGCAGCCGCCGCAGAGCCCCGGGAGCGGCGGGGCCCGGCCCGCCCCCGCCGUCAUGUGAGAGCGGCCCGGCCCUCGCUGCCCGGGGAAUCCCGACCGGGACCGGAACGGCACAGGGACAGGGAAUGGGACCGGGAGCGGGACAGGGACAGGGAGCGGGACAGGGAGCGGGAACGGAAUAAGGACCGGGAACGGGACAAGGACUGGGAUCAGGAUAAGGACCGGGACAAUGACAAAGACUGGGACAAGGACUGGGAGCGGGACAAGGAUCGGGAGCAGGACCGGAAUAAGGACCGGGACAAGGAUCGGGAUCGGGACAAGAACCGGGAACGGGACAAGGACCGGGAACAGGACCGGAAUAAGGACCGGGACAAGGAUCGGGAUCGGGACAAGAACCGGGAACGGGACAAGGACCAGGAGCAGGACCGGGACAGGGAUAAGGACCGGGGCCGGGAGCCGCUCCCGCCGGAGCGCACGCACCGCGGCCCCGCAGCGCAGAAAACCCUUUUUUGCUUUUUUUUCUUUCAAUGGAAAAUCCCGCCCCGGCCGACGAGCGGGAGCGGGAAGGAUCCAAGCCCGGGGCUGCCGCUGUCUCUCCUUUCCUACGGACACCUCUUCCCCAGGACAGCGCACACUCUCCUGCUGAGCCCGGGCCCCGGGAUUCAUCCACAGUUUGGAUAGACUCUAAUGCUGCCAGCUUUGGACACAGCACUGCUGAGAGACACCCGGGCUGCUCAGGAAAUUCCAGAAUGAUCACUCAGAGCCCUCAGAACCAUCUCCAGACACCUUUCUUCAAGGAGAUUCAGAAGACUGAAGUAAAAAGCCCCCAAGGAAAUACAUUCCCUGCGUGUCUAGCUAGGAAAAGGAGCAGCAAGGCAGGCAGGCAGCUGGAGGAGCAGCCACUCCAUCCACCCUGAAUUCCAACAGCUCCCACUCUCCUCCAGGAGCCAGAAGUGCCACACAGCAAACCUUGGGGGCAGUGCCACCUCGUGUCAUCACAGUAACUGGAAGUGAGGGGAUUAAAGCUGGUUUUGGUUUGUUCCACGUCCUCUGGAUGCACUAGCUGAAAAGAAGUUUAAUUAAAGCUAUUUUAAUUUAUG